AUGUCGGUGAUGGCGCCAGAAGCACCACUAGAAGAUGGGCCAAUCACUGAAUUCAGUGAUAUGCCCGCUCGUCUGCCAUUUCCGCCUAUCACUUACUCCCACAUCUUGCAUUGCUCCUAUCAUAACUGGCACCCUCGCUAUCGUGCUCUGACCCCGAAAUCCCGACUUAUUCCCCUUUCCCCGCAAUUCGUCUCCUACCUCCGCGCUGACGGCAUUGUUCUUCCCUCUGAACCUACUCUAACAAAUGACAAUGACGAGCUUGACACAUACUCAGACUCAGGCGAAGAGGAGGCUGACCCAUCGUCAGAGUGGCAAGAAGUGCAUACGCAGAUCAAGAAUAUUAUUGCUGAGCUCGGUACGGUUGCGCCAAAACUGAACUGGAGCGCCCCGAAAGAUGCAACUUUCAUGUCCGCCACGAACGAUCUGAAAUGCCAUACUGCCAACGAUAUAUAUCUCCUUUUGAAAAGCAGUGACUUCAUCACACACGACUUGGAACAUCCGUUCGAUGACUGUGUCUCCGAUUUCACAGCCAAUGCCAACAAUGAUGUUAAUUGCGAUGACCAUAAGGUGCUACCAGAAGUUCCCUACCAUCUUGUAUUGCGCAAAUACGUCAACUUCAACCCAUCACUCGAGUUCCGGUGUUUUGUACGCAAUCGUAAAUUGCUUUGCAUGUGCCAGCGUGACCAGAACCACUUCGAUUUCCUGUUCGGUAUGCGCGACUUGUUUAGAUCUCGUAUCCAGUCGUUCUUUGAUGAUAAACUUCGCGAUACAUUCCCUGAUCCAAACUUUGUCUUCGACGUCUACGUUCCAGCCCCUCAUCAGCGCGUGUGGCUGAUUGAUAUCAAUCCUUGGGCUCAACGAACAGACCCGCUCCUGUUCAGUUGGCUCGAGAUCCUGCGCAUGAAGGACCCAAUUGGGUUCGAAGAAGAUUCAGCGGAUGAUAUAAGCGGGACCGAAGGUUUUGUGCGGAUUUCCUUGCGGGAUGGUACUGUUAUGAGUUCCUCGGAUUUGGACGAGAGUGGCGAGGAAUCCGAAUCGUCUGAGGAGGAAGUUGAGGCUGAAGACGCAGAUAAUGCUGCUGCAUGUGAUGAUUUCGCCCUUUUCUUGCCAGAAGUGCGUCUUAUAAAAAAAAAUGAUCCCGAAGCGUACCAGUUCUCUACUCCGCAAUACUCAGCUCAUAAGGUACCGAAAGAUUUGGUUGAUGCAUCACUUGCUGGGCCCGGUGGCAUGAGUGAAUUUAUGGGCAAGUGGCAGGACAUUUUACAAAAUCAAAUGCGCGAAGAGCAGCAAGCUAGUGAUUCUGACUAG